CACAACUAGUACUAUAACUACAAUUAUCCCAUUACCCUACCACAACAAAGAUAUAAAGAGAGCUAUAAGCUGAGGAAGUAGCCACACCUCUUCUGAGUGUUUGUGACAGGUAAAACCACUUACUUCCACAGCACCAGAGCUUGCGCUGGUUAAUCACAAACCGAAGCUUGAGAUUGCCAAUUUAUAGAAGUUGUUGUCAACAUCUUUGUUCAUCUCAGCUGGAGGCAGAACAAGACAGGAUGCCGAAAGAUGAAAUAGGUGGUCAAACUCUGUACGAUAGUUAUGCAACUUGCCUUGCUAGAACUCUGUGCUAUGUCUCCACACCGAUGACGGUUGGGUUAUAUGCACCAUGGGGAUCAGGAAUAAAUUGUCUUCUGCAAAACGUAGAAAAAGAAAUAAAAAUAGAAGCACUCAGCAGAGAGAAGAAGGAAUCACAGAAAUCCCAGGAGACGCCUCGGGCACCUACUGGUUUUGGAUUUAUUUCACUUUUAUGGCAUUUGAUUUUCCUCAAGCCGCAAAUAACAGCGCAACAUGAAAAGAGGAAAAAUGUUCGGUUCAUAUUCGUUCAGUUCAGUGCAUGGCAAUUUGCAGGAAAUGAAAAGCUGUGGGCUGGGCUCAUUACCACACUCUGUGACGACAUUAAGAACCAGUUUGGAUUCAUCCCAACUAGCAUCGUCAGGGCUCUUGGUCACCAAGAUACUAUUCUAAGAACAAAUUCCAAUUGUGAAUGGGUGUCCAAAAAGGCACUAGGAAUUCCACUAUGGCUUAUUUUCUUUUUACUCCUUUUGGUAGCCUCUCUACUGGCAUUCUUCAUCUUAGUUCCUGGCUUCACCUUCAGCCAGAUGGGAAAUAAUUAUGUUGGAGCAGUCAAAGGCAUUAGUUUUGGCUUAAUCGGAAUGUCUGUACUCAUGCCAAUGAAAAACACAAUCAUGGUAAGCAGGAAUAUGAUUGUCAGUCAGAAGGAAAAAAUGAAGACCCUAAUGAAUAAAUCGGAUUUUAGUAGUCAGCUAGGCUUCAUGAAUGAAGUGAAGCAAGAAGUCAUAGUCCUUACAAACUUCAUCCACUACAUGGAAGUUUUUGAACGAAGAAAGAUUCGAAUAGUACUGAAAAUCGUCAGCCUUGACAGGUGCACUCCAGAUAAAAUUGUUGGUGUUCUGGAUGCUAUGAACAUCCUUCUUUCUGAUCCAGAUGCCCCUUUUAUUUCAAUACUUGCUGUUGACCCCAGCAUUAUUGCAUCCUGUGUUGAGAAAUCUAAUAGUCUGAAAGGCAUUGCAGAAAAUGGCUAUAAUUUCCUCAACAGGAUUGUGUCACUACCGUUUUCUGUCCCCAAAAUGGACACUCAGACCAAGCUCAAAUAUCUUCAGUGCAUAGUGGAUGGGAAGAAUGCCCUCCUGGAAGAAAGUCUGUCACCUAAACAAGUCAUUAGACAAGUAAGCAGAUUCAGGAAACACUCUGAUGAAAGUAACCCAUUGAUUACUGUUUCUUGUGAAAACAACCAAUCUUUCAAACAAAGAAAUGAUCAAAUGAAACCAGGUUAUUAUAUUCAACAGGCUUAUCAGUGUUUAACAGACAUGGAUGGUGAUCUCCAUGAAUACAUUGAGGAGAACUUUCUGCAAAUAAGGAGAAUAGUAAACAUAAUCUCAGUUAUGAUUGGACUAAUGAUAGAAAGGAAUGCCCCGAUGAGUUCUUUUCCGGUUCAGAAAAUUGUUGCAUGGGUCAUUUUGGCAAGUAACUGGCCGUGCCGUCUCAGUUGGAUCUGGCAAUGUUGGGAAGAUGCUGAGCAAAGGAGAGAGUUACAUGAAGAAAAAGAGAUUGAUGAUGAAAUGCUUCUGUGGACCAUUUAUGAAAACUCUUCAGAGAAGUUUAACACUAUAAGAUCCAGUAUUGAAAAAUUGUUGGAACUGGAUGGAGAUCCUGAAAUCUUUCAGAAGCUUCUGUUAAUCAGUUACAAAUUCACCAUGAAAGAGGGAAAAUUCAUGAUUCCAUUUACAAUCAAUCUAGAUCGAUCUUUAAAAAGAAAGAUGGAAGUUAUUCUUGCAAGAAAUUUGUGAACAGAGGGCGAAUUGUAGUACCCAUCUCCUGCCAAUGAGAGUCCAUAUAUUGAGAGAGACAUGACAGAAAAUAGUUAAUUUCUCUACCGAGAACAAGACAGUACAUCCCCUGACUCUUGAGUUAUACAGACAUGAAUAUACAAUAGCAAAGAUGAGUAUCAGAGACCAGCAAGAAUAGACAGAUUUUUCCAAUGAACUGAUCAUUCCUUGUGGGAAAACUUGAAUCACAGCACCAUCAACAUGAACAUGUACAGGGCUGCCCCAGAGCUCGACUCUCCUUCUAAGUCAGUUCUCCCUCCCCCUUUCAAUCUUACAAUCUUUUUAAAAAAUCUACUUUCUCUUUAAGUACCUCCCCACCAACCAAUUUAAUCUUCACAAUCAAGUGACAUAGAGUUCCAGAGUUCCACCAACCAAUGUGGGAGGCAGUUCUUAUGCACCCCAGUUUUUAAAUAACUUUGUAACCAUGUUACAAAGACAGAGGGGUGAGGUGGCUCUGUUGGUAAAAAAAAAUGAAAUGAAAUCCUUAGAAAGAGGCAACAUAGGAUUGGGUAAAAGGGAAGGGAAAUUGCAAGGGUAAAAAGACCCUGUAUUGACUCCUGUACCAGUGUGAGGGAUAUAAAUUUCAAUGGGAAAUAGAAAAGGCAAUGUUACAAGAGACAUGGAGGAUUUCAAUAUGCAGAUAGAUUGGGAAAACCAGGUUGGUGCUGGAUCCCAAGAGACGGGAUUUGUAGGAUGCCUAUGGGAUGGUUUUUUAGAGCAGCUUGUGGUUGAGCUCACUAGGGGGAAACCAAUUCUGGACUGGGUGUUGUGUAAUGAACCAGAUUUGAUUAGGGAGUUUAAGGUAAAGGAACCCAGUGAUCAUAAUAUAAUUGAAUUUGCCCUGCAGUUUGGGAGGGUUUAGAUAAAGUCAGAUGCAUCAGUAUUACAGUGGAGUGAAAGGAAUUACAGAGGCAUGAGAGAGGAGCUCACCAAAGUUGAUUGGAAGGAGACACUAGCAAGGAUGACUGCAGAACAGCACUGGCUAGUAUUUCUGGGGGCAAUUUGGGAGGCGCAGGAUACAUACAUCUUAAAGACGAAGAAGUAUUCUGAAGAGAGGAUGAGGCAACCAUGAGUGACAAGGGAAGUUAAAGACAGCAUAAAAGCAAAAGAAGCGGCAUAUAAUAUAACAAAAAAUAGUGGGACGUUAGAGUAUUUGGAAGCUUUUAAAAACUAAAGAAGGCAACUAGAAAAGGCAUAAGGAGAGAAAGAUGAAAUAUAAAGGUUAGCUAGCCAUAAAAUUAGAGGAUACCAAAAGUUUUUUUCAGAUAUCUAUAAGGGGAAGGGGGAGGGGGAGAGGGACGAAGAUAGAGAAAGAAAGAAAGAAAAGUAAAUAUUGGACCACUCAUAAAAAGAUUCUGGUAGUAGUAGGGGACAAAGAAAUGGCAAAUGUACUGAGUAAGUAUUUUGCAUCAGUCUUCACGGUGUAAGACCACAAGCAGUAAUGCCAGAAAUUUGAGAGUAUCAGGGGGCAGAAGUAGGUGUAGUUGCUACUACUAAGGAGAAGGUGCUUGGGAAGCUGAAAUAUCUGAUGGUUGAGAAGUCACCUGGACCAGAUUGACUACAUCCUUGGGUUCUGAAAGGGAAAGCUUAAGAGAUUUUGUAGGCGUUAUUAAUGAUUUUCAAUAAUCACUAGAUUAUGGAAUGGUUCCAGAGGACUGGAAAUUUACAAAUGUUACUCCAGUCUACAAGAAGGGAGGGAAGCAGAAGAAAGAAAAUAAUAGACCAGCUAGCCUGACUUCAGUGGUUGGGAAGAUGUUGGAGUUCAUUACUAAGGAUGAGGUUUUGGGGUACUUGGAGGCAAAGAAUAAAGUAGGCCAAAGUCAGCAUGGUUUCCUUAAGGGAAAAUUUUGCCUGACAAAUCUGUUGACUUUCUUUGAGGCUAUAACAGACAAGAUAGACAAAGGAGAAUUAGUGGGUGUUGUUUACUUAGAUUUUGGUGCUGUACAUGAGGCUGCUUAACAAGAUAAGGGCCCAUGGUAUUACAGGAAAGAUAAUGACAUGUAUUGAAGACUAGCUGAUUAGCAGGAGGCAAAGAGUCAGAAUAAAGGGGGCCUAUUCUGGUUGGCUGCUGAUGAUGGGGGGGGGGCAGUAUUGGAAUCGCCUCUGUUCAUGUUAUAUGUCAACGAUUUGGUUGACGGAAUUGAUGGCUUUGUGGCCAAAUUUGCAGAUGAUACAAAGAUAGGUGGAGGGGCAGGUGGUGUUGAGGAAGCAGGGUGUCUGCAGAAGGUCUUGCACAGAUUCGGGGAAAAUGGGCAAAGAAGUGGCAGAUGGAAUGUAGUGUAGGGAAGCGCAAGGACAUGCAUGUUAGUAGAAGUGGAUGUUUCCUAUUGUAGAUGAGCCUAGGACUGGAGGGCACAGCCUCAGAAUGGAGGGACAUCCAUUUAGAAUAGAGGUGAGAAAGAAUUUCUUUAGCAAGAGUAUGGCAAGUCUGCAGAAUUCAUUGCCAUGGAUGGCAGCGGAAGUCAUCACUGAGUAUACUUACAGCAGAGAUGGAUAGGUUCUUGGUUAGUCAGGGCAUCAAAGGUUAUGGGGAGAAUGAGAGGGAUAAUAAAUCAGCCAUGAUAGAAUGGUGGAACAGACUUGGGCCGAGUGCCUAAUUCUGCUCCUGUGUCUUAUAACUUAAAAACAUACAUCAUGAAACUCAAACAACAGGAAUUCUGCAGAUGCUGGAAAUUCAAGCAACACACAUCAUGAAACUCAUUGGUUUUGUUGCAGCAGUACAAUGCAUAUCUUAAAAAUUACUGCAUAUCAAAGUAAGUAGUGCAAAAAAAGAGCACAAUAAUGAGGUGCUGUUCACGGGUCCAUGGACCAAUCAGCAAGCUGACGGUGAAAGGGAAGACGCUAUUUCUAGAAAUGUUGAGUGAAUGUCUUCAAGCUCCUGUACAUCCUCCUUAGUUGUAGUAAUUAGGAGAGGGCAUGUCUUGGGUUGUGAGGGUGCUUAAUGAUGGACGCCGCCUUACUGAGGCAUCGCCUUUUGAAGACGUCCUCGAUGGGAAGGGGGCUAGUGCCCAUGAUGGAGCUAGCUUUACAACCCUCUGCAGAAUGCAUUAGCACCUCCAUACCGGACAGUGAUGCAACCAGUCAGAAUGCUCUCCAAGGUACUGUACGUCUGUAGAAAUUUGUUAGUCUUCAGUGCUGUACCAAAUCUCUUCAAACUCCUAAUAAAAUAUAACCACUGGUGUCCCUUCUUCAUAAUUGCAUCAAUAUUUUGGGCCCAGAAUAGAUAGAAACAUAUAAAACCUACAGCACAAUAUAGGCCCUUCGGUCCAUAAUGCUGUGCUGAACAUGUACUUACUUCAGAAAUUACCUAGGGUUACCCAUAGCCUUCUAUUUUCCGAAGCUCCAUGUACCUAUCCAAGAGUCUCUUAAAAGACCCUAUUGUAUCCACCUCCACCACUGUUGCUGGCAGCCCAUUCCAUGCACUCACCACUUUGUGUAAAAAAACUUACCCCCGACAUCUCCUCUGUACCUGCUUUCAAGCACCUUAAAACUGUGCCUUCUCGUGUUAGCCAUCUUCACAGAACUUCUAAAUAGCAACCAGCAUUCAUCCACAAUGAUUAGCAAAUGACCUAAUGGAACUGAUGUAUAAAGUACCACUUAGUGGUAUAUGGUGGGAACUUAGCGAAUCUCAUUGCUGGGCUGGUGCAAACUGAGCACAAGAUAUGAGCGGCAUUGCUGGCCUCUAAGUCAACAGUGCUAAUAUCAAACUAAUUUUGUAUAGUGACUGAUGUUGCAAUUUAGCUUUUUGGCAUCCUCUGGUAAGUAGGUUCAUUACACUUUCUAUGAUUGUAUGCAAGAUGAAUGUAAGGCUGGUACUAAUAUGUAUGUACACAUUACAUACCCUCUGGGCAGACAGGGCUUGUCAGCUGUGGUAGGCAGCUCAUCUACAAGAAAACCUCUGAUCUCAAAGCUCAGCUACCUUGUGGUUAUACCCACUCCUGGGGUGAGUUUCAGGAGUAGAAUCUAAGGAAGAA